AUGUCUAACGUUCGUCCAUGGUUCCGUCUCUCUAGCAUUGCAAGGCCUACAUCACAAGGUUCAAGCGACCCACCUCCUCCACCUCAGCCCCGACAGACUCCUCGCCGUCCGGUCAUAGUCCGGCCACCGGCAAAACAACCGUCACCUCCACGUCAGCAACAACCUCCUUCCCCUCCACGUCAGCAAACUCCUCCACUUCCACCUCCUCAAGAGCGGUCCCCAUAUAACUCACCUCCAAGCCGCCACAUGUCACCACCGACCCCACCAAAGGCUAAGUCGCCUCCACCGCCACCGCCUCGCUCGUCAUACACGCCGCCACCAUCUCCCAAGGAGGUUCAAGAAGCCUUACCACCGCGUAAACCAACUUCACCACCGAGUCCAGCUCAUUCAACUCACUCCAUAAAAUCUGAUUCAGAGAGUCCUCGAAAAGGACCAUCACCGAGAGUACUCUCUCCUUACUCUCUCCCACCUUCUCAGAUACAUUCCGAACGCGAAACCACUCAGAAAAACAUUCUCACAGCCGAAAAAACAAGCCAACUCCACGAACAAAAUCAUCACAACCAAACCUAUAACCAUAACCAAAACCAUAACCAAAACUAUAACCAUAACCAAAACCAUAACCAAAACUAUAACCAAAACCAUAACAAUCAAGGCAACAACACCAAGAGGAAUCAUCAUCAGCCAUCUUUUUCCGAAUCUGAGAACAUAAUGGGAACACGAGUCAUCACUAUCGCAGGUGAAAACAAAGGUGCUGUAAUGGAGAUCCUACGAUCUCCUUCAGGCAACAAAACCGGAGGAGCAGGAACACAUUCUAGGGUUUUAAACAACGCUGGAGAGAAAGGAAGGCGACUUCAAAGCAGCAGCAGCAGUAGCAGUGACGAAGGAGAAGGGAAGAAAAAAAGUACAAAGAACCCUAAUAAUGGCAAUCAUAGUAAUCUCCCAAUGAAAGCUUUUAUGAACAGUAACGUUCAGAUGAUAAACAACUCUAUAGUUUACAACUCGACGGCGACUCAUCACGAUCCCGGCGUUCAUCUUAAAAUCUCCCGGAAACCUGGCUCCGGCAAUGGUUUCCACUUCCAAGAUUACGGUAAUGGUGGAUACACCAACUGA